GUUUCUUUGGAGUUUCUAGAAGCUUGUUCGUUUGUUUGUUUGUUGCUCCGUCUGCAACUAUCUGUCAUGACACAGUGCUUAUUCAGCUUAACCGAAACCAGAAACCGGUGCUACCGGUCAUUGUUCUCAGGUUCGGGGCUCCGUUCCACAAUCGCUGACUUAAAGGACGGGACCGUAAUGCAUUGCUGGGUGCCGAAGACCCGAACCGAGUCGAAGCCGAACCUUCUUCUGAUCCACGGGCUCGGAGCGAAUGCGCUGUGGCAAUGGGGGGACUUCAUACAGCACGUGACGCCGUUGUUUAACGUGUACGUGCCGGACCUGGUUUUCUUCGGAGGAUCGUACACUCAGCGAGGGGAACGGAGCGAGAGGUUUCAGGCGGAAUGCGUGAUGCGGGUGAUGGAAGCGAACAUGGUGAGGCGAGUGAGUUUAGUGGGGUUGAGCUAUGGUGGGUUCGUGGGGUACAGUAUGGCGGCUAUGUAUGGUGAUAUGGUGGAGAGGGUGGUGGUGUGUGGGUCAGGGGUGUGUAUGGAAGAGAAGGAUAUUAAGGAAGGGCUGUUCCCUGUCACGGAUUUGGAUGAAGCUGCUAACAUUUUGGUGCCCCAAACGCCUCAUAGGCUGAAGCAGCUUGUGGGCUACACCUUUUUCAAUCCCCCUCCGUUGCGCUGGUUGCCCUCUUGCUUCCUCCUUGAUUUCAUUGAGGCUAUGUGCAGGGACUAUGAACAAGAAAAGAGAGAAUUGAUCAAAGCCAUUGCAAAGGACCGAAAACUUUCUGACAUCCCCAAGAUAUCUCAGCCUACAUUAAUCAUGUGGGGAGAACAUGAUCAAAUAUUUCCUUUAGAACUCGGCCACAGAUUGAAAAGGCAUUUAGGGGACAAUGCUCAACUAGUGGUCAUUAAGAAUGCUGGGCAUGCUUUCAAUGUGGAGAAGACCAAGGAGUUCUGUGCGAUCUUGAAGUCCUUUCUUGUGGAUUUUCAGCUACCAGCAGAGAGCUCACCUUCUAAGUGGCAAAACCUCAACUGAGUUCAAACACAGAACAUGAAAGAAAAUCUACUCUGAUGUCAGAAGAAACAGGUACCCGGGAAAAUGAGUGAUUUUGUUUUAACACAUUCUUUUUCCAUCUGUCUCCAAAGCAGAGGCUUAUUCAAAUAGUUCAAUGCAAAGA